ACAAUCAAAAUAGUUGCCAAUUAAUUUUCAUUGACUAAUCGUUUAAUCAACUAAUCAAUUCAGCUGUACUUGUAUAAUAAUAAAAAUAAUGUGAUCUAUAACAAAGCAUCAGAAAAUGGCAUGAAGAAAAGAAGUACAAGUACAAGUACCUCAAGUGUAUUUAAGUACAGUAGGCUACUUGAGUAAAUGUACUUAGUUACAUUCCACCUCUGCCUAUAUACUGACAUUAUUACUGCUAUUUAGUACUAAUAUAUCUCUGCUGUAUGGGCUGGUGUAUGAUGAUGAGGUCACUGUUCACUUCACAGGGGAUGCCUCGUCCCGUGACGUCACGGUGUCGCUCCUCUGGAGUGGUCUGGUGACGUCACGGUGCGCUCCUCUGAGCGGUGUGUUGAGCAGCAGAAAGGCAUCAGAGGAUGAGGAGGAGAUGAGCUGAACACACGCUGCUGCUGCACCACCGCUUCAUCUCGUCCUGCUCCAGCUGAAUAGAUUAAAUAUAGCUGAGUAUUUAUAGCCGAUCCUGGUUCAUCAGAGGACAGCAUCAUGCUCAGUCUGCAGCGCCCCCUACUGGCCGCCUGCCUCUACCUGCUGCUGCCCGGCGGACAGAGCAGGAUCUCCGGAUACAACAAGUACAACAACGGCUUCCACUACCAGGACAUCAGCAACGGAGACGGAAACGGAGAGAUCUAUUUCAACGGGGUUCGUCUCCUCGUGGAGUCCCCACAGGAGUCAGUGUCGGCCUCCAGGGGGAGCAGCGUCACCCUCCCGUGUCUCUACCACUACGAGCCUGAACCCACCACGCCACGCAGGACCCGGGUCAAGUGGUCCUGGCUGCCCGCCAACACCAUCGGUGCACCUGUUUCCCCAGAAGCCGUCGCCAGGGAGACCGAGGUCAUGGUCGCCAUGGGCAACCGUCACCGCAGCUACGGCAGCUUCCAGGGCCGCGUGCGUCUGCGACGCUCGGCACCGGGGGACAUGUCCCUGGUGAUCAAUGAGCUGCAGCUCAACGACACCGGCAGAUACCGAUGUGAGGUGAUCGAUGGCCUGGAGGACGAGAGUGUGACGGUGGACCUGGAGAUGCGGGGCGUGGUGUUCCCCUACUACUCUCAGAAAGGACGCUACCAUUUCAACUUCUUCGGGGCCCAACAAGCGUGCCUGGAUCAGGAGGCCACUCUGGCUACGUUCGAGCAGCUCUUCACGGCGUGGGAGGAGGGGCUGGACUGGUGUAACGCCGGCUGGUUGGCUGACGGCACGGUGCAGUACCCAAUCACAGUCUCACGUGACGGCUGCGGAGGCGUGGACUUAGCUCCUGGUCUGCGCAGCUACGGACAACGCCAUCGCCUCCUCUACCGCUAUGAUGCUUUCUGCUUCUCCGCCUCUGUCAAGGGGACCGUGUACUUCCUGAAGCACCAGACCAAGCUCAACUUCACAGAAGGGGUGCAGGCUUGUGCCAGCGAUGGGAGUCAAAUCGCCAAAGUGGGCCAGAUGUACGCCGCCUGGAGGCUGAUGGGAUUGGACCGCUGUGACGCCGGAUGGUUGGCUGAUGGGAGUGUCCGUUAUGCUAUCACGAAGGCCCGCGCUAACUGCGGCCCGCCAGAACCCGGGAUGAUUCAUUUCAGACUCAGAAAAAUCUUCAUAUUCAAAUGAUAUCACUGCUCUCCAACCAUACCUCAGUCCUUCAUCUACCCUGUAUUUAUUCAACACAAUAUUUCCAUUAUCUGUUGUCAGCAGUGCCCUCCAGGACAUUUAAACAAACAUUUAGACAUUCAAUCUUCACUAUAACCGCAAACUAUUGAGUUAAGUGCCUUGCUAAAGGGCACCUUGAUGGUUGAGGGAGUGGAGAGUGUUUCUCAUUAUUUUCCUGUCAGAUCUUUCCAGCUGGUCCACGAUUGUACUCUCACUAUCUGUAGGUUACUCUUUCUGUCUCUCUAACACUGUGAAAUAUUUUUUUUUUUUGUCUCCUGAAAUGUCUGUGCAUCCUGUUUUAUCAAAUAUUAUGCAUCUCUUUUUCAUUUUUCUGGUUGAUUAAGAGUAGUGCUCUGUGAUGGAGAAAGCAGAAGUUAUUAUGAGUGUAUUGUUGUGAUAUUUAAACUACCUUUGUUUACAUCCGUUGUGGAAGAAGAAACUGUGUUUUCAUUACAUACAUGUAUUUGUUUUUUCAUUAUAUAUAUGUCUACACAUUUGUACUAUUUUCUACAAAUUAAUAAAACAUUACUGUAAAGAA